AUAUUAUUAUUAUUAAUAAUUAGAGAUGAGCUACAUACAAUUCGAGAGCGGGCGCGAAAAGGAAAAGGCGCGUGAACAGUUAAGAGAAGCUCGCACCGAGCUGCUUAAACAGGCAAAGGAGCGAGCUGAGGAGCGCAACAAGCGGGAGUUGCAAAAGGAGCUGCGCGGCGAGAAGGAUUGGAUGCUGCCAGCAGUAGCCAACAAAUUGGACAAGUUGAGCAAAGCAAAUAGCAGCAGCAAGGCGAAGAAGACCAAGAAGAAGUCCAAAGCAAAGUCAGACAAAAAGAAGAAAUCCUCCAAAAAGAAGAGCAAAAAACGCAGACACGACAGCAGCAGCAGCAGCGAUAGUGAAAGUGACAGCGAUAGCUCCAGCUCCAGUUGUGACUCUGACAGGAAGCAGCGCCGACGACACAAGAAAUCGAAGAAGAGGGAAAGCAGCGGGGAUGAGUGGGUGGAAAGUGAGCCCGUCCAGAGUGAGUCGAAGCCCGCCGCUGUGCAACGUGACAGCUGGAUGACAGACAGCGAUGCGGUAAUGCUGAGAACCUUCGCCAAGGAGCGCAAAGAUCCAGCGAAACCCAACGAGAAGAUGCAGCAAAUUGAUGCGUACGAUCCGUCGAAGAGCAAACAUGAACUGAAUCCCUACUGGAAAAGCAACGGCACUGGCCUGCCCGGCUUUCAGCGACCCAAAGCUGACGAUGAGCCGGAGUACCCAGAUAGGCGGCUGCAACAACAGCAGCAAGCAGCAGGCAGCACGCGCAAUUGGCAAAAGAGCGCAACAGUUGUCACAGUUGUCUCCAAUAGGCAGCACAGCUCAUCUCCAGCUAGCUCUCCGCCAGCAGGUGCAGCUGCUGCCUCGGAUGAGGAGAGUGAUGCUGAGCAGCCAUCGUGUCUAACGGAUGAACAAAUCAACGAGUUGGCCUCAAAGGCGCUCAAGGCUCAACUCAAAGGCAAACUUGAGCUGGCGUCGGAGCUCGAGAAGCAGGUGGAAACCGCACGAAAGCAACGGAACGAGCUACUGGCUAGCGGUAAAAUGCGACCAGCUGCUACCAAAACUCAACUGAAUCGUGACCGGAAUCGAAAUCGGAAUCGGGAUCGGGAUACAAAUGAUGUGCUACUCACGCGCACGGAUGCCAGCGGCAAUGUGCGUCCGCUGAUGCAAUCACGAUCGGGAGCUGCACAGCUGGAUCCAAAUUCACUGUAUGGCGGACGCAGGAGAGGAGGCGAGAAGCGAGCCAACAAGAAGAAGCUGGACACCCAUGUGGAUGGGCAGCGUGUGCGCUAUUUUGCGGACGAUGAUCGCUAUGACAUCAAGCAAAUGUUCGAGCGUGAGAAGCAUGCAACAGCCGCUGAAUCGAAUUUGCAAUACGCUGAUAUUCUAUCGAAGCACAAGAACCCCAACGAUGAUCUAGAGGACAUAUUCGCGGACAAAGUGCGUCGCAACAUUUCUGAGGCGGAUGCUGCAGCGCGCGAAGUGCGCCAGGCAAUUAGCGAGCAUGAGAAACUGGUCGCUACGCUGGAGAACUGUGAGCGUUGCUUUGACUCGUCGUGCCUGGACAAGCAACUGUUGGUUGCCAUGGGCUCGAAGAUCUAUUUGAGCCUGCCCAGCCAUGUGGGCCUGCAGAGCGGCCAUUGCAUAUUGACGAGCAUGCAACAUGCAGCCGCCUGCACGCUGCUCGACGAGGAUGCCUGGCAGGAGUUGAAUGAUUUUCGCAAGGCUUUGACUCGCAUGUUUGCCGCUCAGCGCAAGGAUGUCAUAUUCUAUGAAAUUGCCAAUAAGCUGCAUCGGCGACCACAUCUCACCGUACAUUGUAUUCCCAUACCGGAGUCACAUGCGGAAAUGGCGCCGUUCUAUUUCAAGAAGGCCAUUGAGGAGUCGGAGCACGAGUGGUGCAUCAACAAGCAGCUGAUAUCGUUGAAACACAAAUCUUUACGCGCUGGCAUUCCAAAGGGUUUGCCCUAUUUGUGGGUUAACUUUGGCAUGGAGUCGGGCUUUGCUCACGUCAUCGAGGAUCAGGAACGUUUUCCAGCCAACUUUGCACAGGAAAUAAUUGGUGGAAUGCUGGAUCUUAAUGCAAAAUCGUGGCGCAAACCGCAUAAGGAGAAAAACAUCAUUGCCAAAGUCAAAACAUUUGCUAAUAGUUGGAAAAAUUACGAUUGUACAGAACAUUAAGCAAUCUUUAACAUAAGAAGAUAAUUAAAUAAAUUAAGUUAAAUCAUUAGUAAAUAA